CGUAUCUCACUCGCAACGGUUUAGAUAUAACGCGCGGGGUAAUGGAUUCCAGACGCUCGUGCGAAGUAUUUGAGCGCCAAACCGAGUCGUAUUUUCAUUUGAACAUCUCAGAGCUGUGGAAACUGCCCGCAUCUCCACUGACAGACUGUGCUGUGGAAAAGGGCAGCAAUGGACUUUAAUCAAGCGCUGAACAGAUCACAUAAAAGGGACGAGUCGUUGGAGCUGUUAGAAUGAUUUUCAUGAACAUACAGUGAAAUCGCUCAAGGGACUUUCUUGAAGCAGCCGAUUAGAAUGAUUAUAGAACUCACGAGAGCCCAAACAGCAGCGCGCCAGCUGUCGGGAACCGUUAGAAUGAUGACGAGGAGGUUCAAGUGAACGUUCUGUUACUUGGCAGACCAGUGCUGGAAUGGAGGCUGCAUCUACCUAAUCAUGUUGCGAAGAAUCAAACGCAAGGCUCCUCUUCCUCCAUGCAAUGGCAGCAGUGGGGGCAACUGCAUGGACAUCCCCACCAAGCACCGAAACAAUGUCUCCUCUGAGCCUGCAGGCAGCCUCACACAGAAUGGCAAGCGAACUCGCAAAUUUGGCGUCAUUUCCCGCUCCUCGUUCACUCGUGACAGCAGGGACAGAAAAAAUAGCCGGGACUUUGUGCAGGAGAAUGGCUAUUGCUCCAUGGAGGCAGAGGUCGUGUCCCCGGAGAGCAACACCCCUCAGGACACACCAACCGAUGAGAGUCCAGUCCUUGGUUCCUCAGAACUGAUAGCUAGUCACUUGAAGGUGGGGAGCACGGCCACCCUACCUUGCUGUUCCCACUCACGCCUCUCUGAAAGCUACAAAACAGAGUCAAUAAGCAGUGAACCUUCCACUCAGCCCUGUGAGGGCAGCCGAAUCUGGAAAAUGCACAUGGUGAAGGGUCAGGAUGGACUGGGUAUCCAGAUCACUGGUGGACGUGGGUCCAAACGCUCUCCUCACGGCAUCAUUGUAGCCCACGUGGAGGAGGGAGGAGCCACACAGAGAGAUGGACGUCUGAAGGCAGGUGAUGAGUUGCUGAUGAUUAACGGUCACUCACUUGUUGGCCUCUCACACCAGGAGGCCGUAGCUGUCCUCCGCUCUACUGCUGGACUGGUGCAGCUGGUGGUCGCCAGCAGGGAUGAAUCUGAGGUGGACUUUCACAAGUACCCAUCCACCAGCCUGCCCGACUUAGUGAGCACAUGUUUGGAUCCGGAUGUCUCACCCUCCCCCAGGGAGGAGAAGGAGAGCAUGGAGCCAGACGUGGAGGACGUGAGGGCCAGCAGCCUUUCAUUGCCCACCCAGGACUUGUUCACAGAGCUUGACAAACUGGAGGAAUAUGGCAGGAUUGAGGGUCCCAAGGGAUGUUGCCGUAGCCCAACACCUAUGAAGUUCCGCAGCAGGGCUCAAGGUGGAGGGAGUCGUCUGGAGUCUGUCGGCGAAAACGAUGAGCUAGUCGUGGAAAAUGGUGAAACCGGAAGUGACAUGGCAACAAAGCCUGCACGAGGAGGACGCAAACAUUCUCUUCCUCAACAACUGGACACAGUUGGCAUCCGACAGGAAUAUCAAAUCGUCAAGAAAUCAUCUCGUUCACUGAGCACCGUUCAAGUGGAGUCUCCAUGGCGACUGGCACAGCCAUCUAUAAUUUCCAACAUUGUUCUGAUGAAAGGACAGGGCAAGGGUCUGGGGUUCAGUAUUGUCGGAGGGCAGGAUUCAGCUCGGGGAAGGAUGGGUAUAUUUGUCAAGACCAUUUUUCCCAAUGGAGCAGCAGCAGCUGACAGGAGGCUCAAAGAAGGUGAUGAGAUAUUGGAGGUGAAUGGAGAAUCUCUCCAAGGCCUCACGCACCAGCAGGCCAUUCAGACCUUCAAGCAACUGAAGAAGGGAGUAGUUACCCUAACUGUGCGAACCCGUCUGAGAAGCCCCAGUCUUACCCCUUGUCCCACUCCUACGCUGCUCAGUAGAUCCAGCUCGCCAAACUCAAAUGUCAGUGGUGGGACACCAGUCCCUCCUAGCUUUGAAGAUGGGGACUCUCGCAAGGGGCCAGGUCCCAAAGACCGCGUUAUCAUGGAGGUGACAUUAAACAAAGAGCCAGGUGUGGGGCUGGGUAUUGGUGUCUGCUGUCUAACACUAGAGAACAGCGCUCCUGGAAUCUACAUCCACAGCUUGGCACCAGGAUCUGUUGCAAAAAUGGAUGGCAGACUCAGUCGAGGAGACCAGCUCUUAGAGGUGGAUUCUAUAAGCCUGAGACAUGCAGCCCUGAGUGAAGCUUAUGCCAUUCUGAGUGAAUGUGGACCCGGCCCAGUCAGCCUCAUCAUUAGCCGACAUCCCAAACCCAAAGUUUCUGAACAAGAGAUGGAUGAAGCGAUCGCUCGCUCCACACACAGAGAUAGCCAUUCUUCCCAUUCACUGGGCCUGCCGUCCAAGAGUCAAUCUCCCACUGUUAAGGUCAAGCAGGGUGGUGAGGGUAACCCAGCUCUCAGCUGGACCAUGAAGAGAUUCCUGGAGCCAGCUAGCAGGCAAGGCUCGCUGAGUUCAGAAGCAGAGCUUUCUCAGUAUUUCUCAGUUCACAAUGUGCCCAGUCAGUCUUCCCUCUCUGAGACCAUGCCGAUGGGAUCCAGUGAUGAUGACAUGCUGCACAGCAGCAGGAGCUGUAAUACUUCAAUGGAGGAAUCAGCUGCACCUCAGCCACACGGGAUAUACAGGGAAGAUUCUUAUAGAGGCUCAGAUUGUAGUCCUACAACCCCAGACUGUUCUAAAGCCACUGCUGGUUUUGGUCGUGCUGGAGACCCUCCCCACCAGGCCAGUGUGUGCAGCAGCCCCAGUUCUGUGCGCAGCCCUCUUCUCCGCCAGCGUCGGGUCAUCUGCUAUGAGGAUGAACCCAGUGAUGAUGAAAACGACCUUGAAGAGGAUAGUGGUCCCAUUCAUCAUCUUCUCCGUGUUGUAACGGAGGGAGCCCACCACCACCAGGAGGAAGACUCUGGUAUAGUAAUAGCCACCUCAUCUCUUGAAGUUGAUGACGAAAGCCAGGACAGCAGCGAAAGCCACAGACAAAUCAGCAGCGAGCCAACCACUCCACUCUAUGGCAGCUCGCUAGAAUCAGAGGAAGGGCCUUGUGGGCCGCCUGGUGUGGAAUCUCCCUUCAUGCCCAUUCGCUGUAUGGAGCACAACUCUGGAGCAGCUGUUGGAAUGAACCUUGGUGUGAAAAAAGAACCCCAUCGGGAAGGGCAGGAGAUCAGACGCUCACCAAAGCUGGAGCACAAAGCCGUGACUCGUGUGAAGAGCAUGAUGAGCAUUGAGUGCCCCAACCCUCCUCAAAGACCCAAGGGUGAGGAUUCACCAUUACUCCCAUCAACCCCUGCUCAGGCCACGCAGAACAACACACAGCCUCCCUGCAGACUGCUACAUUGCAAGAAGGCUGAAUCCAGCGAGCUAGCUGGGGUCUGCACUAUUGAAACCAUAGUGCUCCAGCGUAGUGAUACUGAGUCUUUUGGUCUGGAUCUGGAGAUUAAGUCCUCUCCUCUCAAGGUGCUGAUCACAAGGUUGAGACCAGGAGGUGUUGCAGAGAGGGAUGCCUCAGGGAAUAUGAGUGUAGGCGACGAGAUUGUAACUAUUGGUGAGACCCGUGUGUGUACAUCCACCUAUCAGGAGAUCUGUGACCUCAUGCACAACCUGCCAGUCACAUUGACCUUAGAGAUUAAGAAACCAGUCUCAGCUGUAAAUCAACUUUCCAGCUUGAUAAUGUCCUCUGGCUGUGAGGGCUCACCUAAAUCGGAGGCACCAAGGCCUCCUCCAGAGGAAAGCAGCAAUAUGAACAAAACUCCAGUUGUGGCUCAGGAGAGCCCUUUAUCUGAAACCAAUGCAAAACAAGCGGUAGCAAUUCACAGCAACAUUGUCACUAAUAUUGAUGAUGUAAUAACUGAACUGAACUCAGCUGAAGACAAAGAUAUGGACCAAAAUGUCUCAGGUUUCACAGACACAAUUGCCAAUACAGGAGAGUGCAGUAAAACGGAAGACAAAGGGAGUUCAACCACAUCACCAUCACAACCAAAUCCUCUGGAUUACUCUGUACUAGAUGUGAGUAAUAGCACUUGCCAUUUUCCUAUAGGAAAGACAUUUUUAAAUAGUUACUCUAGGAACUUUAGUCAUCUGGAAGAGGACAUUGUGCCUCUGGAGAAACCAAGUAUGUACCGUCUGGUUGAGGAUAGUGACUCUGAGAGUGAUUCUGCCACUGACAGCGCUAUCAAAGUAGAGAAGUCUCAACGUGACUGUGAGGAACCUCAGGACACUGACUCAGAUGAGGAGGAGGUUGAACACUGCUUCAACACUGCAGUCAGUCAGCCUGCAUUCAGCCAAUCAGAGGGUAGCUCUCUUCCACAGAGAGACAGCAUUACUUAUAGUCAAACUUUUGACCAGACACUUGCUAGCACUGAUCUCCACAACCCUCCAUUACUAUCCAUUCCAGACAAGGAUUUACAAGAGAACAAUCAUUCCGUUUCACUCUCUGUGUUACAGGGCCCACUUUGCCCUCAGUUUUUAGGUGAUACCCUUUUAAAUGGAGACACCAGACACAGUCCCACACAAGAGGCUAUGUGUGAGAGAACUUCGCCAAGCACAAUGUCCUCAAACUUCAAUGCUGAUGAAAUAUGUGAAACUGUUUCAGAACCUGUCAAAACCUGCCAGUCAUUGGCAGGUGUCAGUUGUCCCCCUGUUAUUCAGAGCAACCACCCUGUCACCAUUAGGAGUCAAGAGAGGACUGCUAAGUUGCGCUCAGUUGCAACUCUGUCUACAGAAACACACAACACUGCGGAAGUGCCACUGAAGUCAAAUAUGUCAGAGCCAAUGGCAUCAAAUUAUGCCAAUGGAAAAUCUAGUGUACAGGCCUCUAAUACGCUCUCUCCAAGAGACAUGGAGAAAGAGAAAGUUUAUCCCACACUUGACUCUAAAUCAUCACUUUCUCAAAACCAGAGUAAAUCCACCACUUACUGUAUCAGGUCUUUGGGCACUAAAUCCCCCAAUGACAGCCCUGUCUCACCCCUGCUGAGUGGUGGACUUAAACUUAACAAUAAAUUACCAAGCACUACUUCGAAACUCAAGGGAUUGAGUAUUAAGAGUAAAUGCAAUGAGCAAGAACAGUUUGUCUCCAGAUCGCCCAGGGCAGAAAGUCCGGUACUGAAAAAAGCUCUCAGCUCCCCAAGUCAGUGUCCUAAACUCCAUGAUAGAAGAACUACACUGACUGGUAGCCCAAAAUCAAGCAGAAUGUCUGAUAAGACUAGGGUUUCUUCUUGCAAGACUGACCAAAUUCAAUCAAUUGUGUCCAGUGCAUUGAAGACAAAUCUCACCAACAUCGUCAAAGAAGAACUCAAAUCUGCCAGAGAGGAACAGGUCUCGGAUCUAAAGGAGCAAGUCUCUAAGUCUGAGAUCACUAUGGCCACCACACAAAGAACUUUCAUCAAGGUACGACUUUCAUCCUCUUCAAUCCCAUCUUCUUCAACGUCCACACCUAUCCUGACAUGCAAGGAAGUUGUGAAUACAAGCGAUUUAAAUUUGGUCUCAGUGUCAGACAAUCAAGUCGAGUUGGAGGAAUCUAAUUUGGAACCGUCUGUAGGAGCACACACAAUCUCAUUAGAAUCAAUCAACUCUUUAUCUAGUCCUCUGCAACAUAAUGGUACUCUUAGUACAAAUGAAACUGUUGAGAAAGUGUACUGCAAUGGCCAGGAAGAAAGCCCCCAAGGGAGCUCAAAUAAUAAGGAUGCUGUUUCUAGUCUCAAAUCAAGCAAAUCCAAACUGUACCUAAGAGCACCUGACCACAGAUGCUACUCUAUCGAUCCCAGUGGGUGUUCUGACCCAAACCCUUUCUCAGUUCGUCAACGAAUCCAGUCCUUUGAGAACCUGGCCAGCUUCGAUGGCUCUGUGGUUAGGUGUUUAGACAUUCCUUCUUAUGCUAUAAAGUCCAAGCCACCUCUCAAUCGGAGGCUGUCUGAGUUCACCGGCUCUGUUAGCAGUCAGUCCAGUGACAGUCGUUUGAGGAGAAGUCUCAGCUCUUGUGUGGACAAUAUGAGUUCAGCUCCAUCUCCAUUGCAUCAACUGAAGAAUUCUUCCUCCAAUGCAGUUAUCACCAACACUGAAGCAGCUCCUUCAAAUGGAACAGCAGAGCCAGUUAUGAAGGAGAAAGCAAAUAAUGAAGCCUCUCAGAACCAGUCCACUAUUCACAGACCACCAGUGCUGCAAUCCCGAAAUGCGCGUGCAAAUGGAGGCCUUUCACGCUCAAAACUGAGAGAGAUUAGGGCGCUAAGCAUGCCUGAAUUGGACAAGCUGUGCACCGAGGAUUUUUCCAGUAACCCUGGCAAUGUGAUCUUUAAGACCGAACUGAAAAUCCAUCCUCGCAUGUCCACAGACCCAGCAUCACACAACCUGCAGUGCAAUGUGGUUACCAGGGUGAGCAGUGUUAACACUGGGGCACCUGGUACCACCAGCAAUGUGGAGGAACAUGAAGGCCAGGCCACAGGACACUCAUGCUGGUCUAUAAGUUUGAAAGAUCUUGAAUCUUCUCCCUUGGACCAAAAUAAGGUAAAAGAUGUUCUGUGUUCCCUCACAACUAAAGUGGAUGUGAUGGCUCUCAUACAGGAGACAGAAUCUCUUUCAGAGGUUAAAGAGGACAUUUACUUUGUCAUCUUAACUAAAGAACAGGGAUCUGGUCUGGGAUUCAGCAUCGCUGGAGGGGUAGACCUGGAGCAGAAAUCUGUUACGGUUCAUCGGGUGUUUACUCGUGGGGUGGCAGGAGUUGAAGGUACCAUUCACAGAGGAGAUAGGGUUUUGUCAAUAAAUGGGAACAGCUUGAGUGGGAUCACACAUGGAGAGGCGCUGUCCUGCCUUCAUCAGACCAGGCUGCCAAGACAGGCAUUAGUGGUGAUCCAGAAGGGCAAGGAUAUUGAGCCGACAUCACCAAGACCAGAACUUCCCCUUCAGGCUAGACAUUGCCCUUCACCUGUCCUUAAAGGCAGCUUCAGGGAGAAUAAAACAAGUGUGGAGGUGGGACCGGAUGGGGCUUUGAGUGUGGAAUUACAGAAGACUACAGCUGGUCUAGGUUUCAGUCUAGAUGGAGGCAAAGCAUCUGCACAUUUAGAUCGAUCACUCUACAUCAAACGUAUUUUCCGAGGAGGAGCUGCUGAGCUGUCCAGGGUUAUUGAUGUUGGAGAUGAACUUCUAGCCAUCAACGGCAGGUCUUUGCAAGGCCUUAUGCACUAUGAUGCCUGGAACAUCAUUAAAACAGUCUCUGAGGGCCCCGUCCAGUUAGUCAUCAAAAAACCCAGGACUUCUGUAUGACGUCUGAUCUACCUGCACAUAUUAAACAGAUGUGAUGAAGGUGCCAAACUGUGGUGUCUUAUUGUACAUAUUCUGACUUUGCAUUGUUUUUAUACGUGUUUAUAACAGGAUCUCUGUGAUAAAGAAUUUGUUGCACAUUGAUUUUUAUUCAAACAAGGCUUCUGCAAUGUUGCGGUGGUCUCACAUACAGUAUGUGGGGUUAUGAUAUUUUUUUAUUGUGUCCUGACUUUGAACUUUGUAUCACACAAACUUUGAACUCUGUCAUUUAUUACUUUUUGAAGACAUUUAAAACAUACUUGUAAGAAUUAUGAGUGAUAUGUUUAUAACUGCAUCCCUUGUAUAAUUUAACUUAAUUUUAAUAUUAUGAAAUUGUACUGUAUAUAUAGUAUCUGCAAUGGUUCUACAGCUAUAAUUAUGGUGAUAAAUCAAACCACUUUAGAAUCACUCUGCCUAAUCUGAUGGAUUUGUUAUUUUGAUCAACAUAAAGUAGAUAUCAAAGUGAAGUUUUGUUUGAACAGGUUUAUAACUUUAAAUGGAAUUGUAGAGUUGAUCUUUCUUCUAUUUUCUUUUAAAUGUACCUGAAUUUUCAUUGUUCCUCGUACCUGCAAAAUCAUGAUAGUUUCAGAAAAGGUUCCCCAAACACUCCUUAUUGCUAUGGAACCUUUUCACAGUCUGCAGUGAUGCGUUUCCACAGCAAAAAUGUCCACAAAAAUAAUAGUAGCUCUGGUCUCCCAUUCAUGUUUUGACAUUGCCACACUUACUACAGCUUAAAAUACUAGAAUUCAAUCUGAUUAUUAACAUUUGAAAUAUACAGUUAUAUAAUGAGUAUUGUCUAGGGUGACUUUCAAAACAUUAAUCUGUUUGUUUGUCAGCUUCUGGCUCAACCAAAGGUGAGAUUUGGGCAGGACUACAGUGCCUGUUUAUUGAAAAAUGUACCCUUUCCAGAACACUUGCAACUCUAGUUGGGUAAACUUCUAUAGCAGUGCAUGGGAGACCAGAGCAAAUAUUAUUUUUGUGGAAAUUCUUGGUGUGGAAACAUGUUGUUUAAUUAGACUGAAAUAAUAUUGACUUUUAAAGUAUUGACAUUUUAACAAGGUCCUUCAGGUAUGUUUGAUAUUUUUUCAGCUGUGAAUAUUUGUCAUGUAUAUUCACAUCUAAAAUAUUUAAGAAAGUCGUUUUCCCUGAUUUUUCCUUUUCAGUGCUGUUUCUUUAUUGUACUUGAAUUGUCUUAUGUAAAUAUUGCAGAUCCCACUGAUAUUAGUGUAAUUUAUUUUAGCUAAGCAUUAAAGGGUUAGUUCACCCAGUUAUGAAAAAUCUCACAUUUACCCACCCUCAUGCCAUCCCAAAAUUGUAUGAACUUUUAUUAAUCUGCUGAACUCAAAUGGAGAUUUUUAGAAGAACACCACUUCUCUGUAGGUCCAUACAAUGCAAGUGAAUGGGUGCCAACAUUUUGAAGCUCCAAAAUUCACAUAAGGGCAACAUAAAAGUACUCCAGAUGACCCUGGUGGUUAAAUCCAUAUCUUCUAAAGCAUUACGAUAGGUGUGUGUGAGAAACAGAUUAAUAUUUAAGUCCUUUUUCCUUCACUUUCUCUUUCUUCUGUUUUUGGUAAUUCACAGUCUUCAUGCAUAUUGCCUCCUACUGGGCUGGGAGGAGAUUAUAUGACAAAAGAUUACUUCAGUAUUGAUCAGUUUCUCACCCUCACCUAUCAUAUCAUGUCUGAACACAUGGAUUUAACCACUGGAGUCAUAUGGAUUACUUUUAUGCUCUCUAUAUGUGGAUUUUGGAGCUUCAAAAUUGGCACCCAUUCACUUGCAUUGUAUGGGCCUACAGAGCUGAUAUAUUCUUCUAAAAAUCUUUAUUUGUGUUCUGCAAAAGAUAGUAAGUCAUAUACAUUUGGGAUGCCAGGAGGGUGAGAAAAUCAUGAGAGAACUUUCAUUUUGGGUGAACUAUACCUUUAAGCAAAAGUGUGAUGUACAUGAAAUGAUCAUGAUUAUUUCUAUUGUCUAUUAGACCUUUUGUUCUGCCCUUGUGAAUAUUUUGUACAGUAAUUGAAAUGCUCAUUCAUUUAAAAAGAUUUUGCCUAUUGGAUUUGACAGGGCUACAGGUCUUAUAUUAAUUAACCUGUUUUCCUCAUCCACAAUUACAGCUACCUUGUUAACUGUGUUGUUAUUGCUGUUCAACUUCAACAUUUCCAUAGUCAUUUCGAAAACAAAAACUUGGUCAUUAUUUACUCACCCUCCUGUCAUUCCAAACUCUUUUGACUUUCUUCUUUAGAACACUAGAGAUAUUUAAAGAUAGUUGUGAUCGCUAAUUUCAAUACAAUAGCAGGCAAUAGUGUCUCACUUUAAAGCUUAAAAAAGUUCCUAAAAGGGUAAUAAAUGUAGCCUAUGUGACUUGUGCAUCAAGACAUUGUUUGUUAUCAAAUCAUUAAUAAUGUCCAUAAAUUCAAUAUGGUGACAACCCAAUGUCAUGACACAAAAACCAAUGAGGUUCAAUGUUAUUAGCAUAUUACCACAUUGAUUCACUAGCUUAACUAAGGGGUCAUGACAUUUUGCCAUUCAUGCCUUUUUUAUUAUUUUAACAUGUUCCUCGAUAUUCACUUAUACUCUUAAAUGUUUUUACACAAAAAAUAUAAUAUAUUUGUAAAACAUGAAUUUUCCACCCUCAUUCUUACCCUCUGUCAGAAACACUCAGUUUUGGUGCUGCUGCUCCUUUAAGACUUGACAGUUAAAGGCCUCGAUAUACUUCCAUAGAAGUUGUUCUUUGUUCUUCAUUCAUGGGUAAAUAGAAGUUCUAAACAGUCGAGAUAUAUACUGUUUCUGAACAAUCAGACACCCGACACAGAUGUAAGAGGCAUUUAGAUGUACAUAUAAAUCAGAGGACACUACAUUUAAAACCUUAAAAAUGUGUUAUCAAUGACUUUAUAACUCAUUGUGAGUAGAAUUUACUUGAGGUCAGUAAAAUAAACUGUUUUAACCACUCGAUGAUUUAAAGUAAUACAUAUGCAGAAGAAAAAGAUUAAUUUGUCUUGUUUACAUUAUGAAUUAAUGGUACUAAUGCGCUAACAUGCUACACACAUCCAUAAUAUGCACUGGUUACACUGUUACUGUAAUUUAUUAUGACACCGAUUCCAGUGCAAUGAUGAGUGUAUAAAAGUAUUAAUGUGCAGAACAAAUAAA